GUUGUUGAGGGGGGCUUCCAGCCUUCUAAGGAUUUGCUCAUCUGUGGCGCCUCUUCAGGAACCUCAAGCCGUGUCUCAAGCCUUCACGCUUUCUCCUUGAGCUAAAUAUGCCUGACCAGUCUCGGAUCUCUUCCAGCUUAUUCUGCUAGAUGGCUUUGGUUACAGUGCAGAGAUCCCCCACCCCCAGCACCACCUCCAGCCCCUGCGUGUCGGAGGCAGACAGCGGAGAAGAAGAAUGUCGUUCCCAGCCCCGGAGCAUUAGUGAAAGUUUCCUGACGGUAAAAGGUGCUGCUCUCUUCCUCCCACGAGGAAAUGGAUCAUCCACGCCGAGAAUCAGCCACAGACGCAACAAACAUGCAGGGGACUUGCAGCAGCACUUGCAGGCUAUGUUUACACUCCUCCGACCUGAGGACAACAUCCGGUUGAGGAAUGUUGAAAUGCCUUUCUGUGCAACAAUUCAACUUAUGGUGAAACGGAACAAAUCGACUGUGAAUGUGGAGCUGUUUACUUCAGAUGAUGACGGCUGGAACCAAAGUCUCAUGCUAUUAACUUGGAUAAGAUGUUGUGGACGUGGAGUCACAGGCUGCAGUAAAUCCCUCGAAGUCAGAAUUUUGUGCGAAGAGCAAGUGCCCAUAAUGUACUAGGAAUGGCUGUACAACAGCUUUGCUUGGAUAUUUAAAGGGAUUCUGUUAUGCUUUUUA